ACAUGGUUCAGGUGGUUGAGUAUUUUGCACACUGCCAGCACAUGUAUAACUCUUUCCCCUAUGUGUCCACAGCCUGACCUUGGACAAGGACCCAAUGCCCAACCCCAGGCCAACCAAGCCCUUGGCCCCUUCCUUGGUGCUCAGCCCAUCCCCAGGAGUCUCGUCCAGCUGGAGGGCUGCACCCAAGACCUCAGACCUGCUGGGGGCCAAGGGCCCGGGGGCAACCUUCCAGGGACGGGACCUCCGAGGUGGGGCCCAUGCCUCCUCCUCCUUCUUGAAUCCCAUGCCACCAUCACAACUGCAGGUGCCCACAGUGCCCCUAGUCAUGGUGGCACCUUCUGGAACACGGCUGGGUCCUUCGCCCCACUUGCAGGCACUCCUCCAAGACAGGCCACACUUCAUGCACCAGCUCUCAACAGUGGAUGCCCAUGCCCGGACCCCCGUGCUGCAGGUGCACCCACUGGACAGACCAGCUAUGAUCAGCCUCCCGCCACCCACUGCUGCCACUGGGGUCUUCUCUCUCAAGGCCCGGCCUGGCCUGCCACCUGGGAUCAACAUGACCAGCCUGGAGUGGGUGUCCAGGGAACCAACAUUGCUCUGCACCUUCCCAAGCCCUGGUGCACCCAAGAAAGACAGGUCAGUGGGCAAAGCUGGGAAGGACCCUUGCCUUGGUAUUCCCUCCCCUGACACCAUCUGUCCCCCCAGCACCCUCUCGACCGUGCCCCAGGGCUCGUACUCACUGCUGGCAAAUGGUGUCUGCAAGUGGCCCGGAUGUGAGAAGGUCUUUGAGGAGCCAGAGGACUUCCUCAAGCACUGCCAGGCAGACCAUCUCCUGGAUGAGAAGGGCAGGGCGCAGUGUCUCCUCCAGAGGGAGGUGGUGCAAUCUCUGGAGCAGCAGCUGGUGCUGGAGAAGGAGAAGCUGGGUGCUAUGCAGGCCCACUUGGCUGGGAAGAUGGCCCUGACCAAGCCUCCAUCCGUGGUGUCAUCUGACAAGGGCUCCUGCUGCAUUGUAGCUGCUGGCACCCCAGGCACCACCGUUCCGGCCUGGCCUGGCCCCCAGGAGGGCCCCAAUGGCCUGUUUGCUGUGCGGAGGCACCUCUGGGGCAGCCAUGGACAUAGUACAUUCCCAGAGUUCUUCCACAACAUGGACUACUUCAAGUUCCAUAACAUGCGGCCCCCGUUCACCUAUGCCACUCUCAUCCGCUGGGCCAUCCUGGAGGCUCCUGAGAAGCAGCGGACGCUCAGUGAGAUCUAUCACUGGUUCAUACGCAUGUUCGCCUUCUUCCGAAACCACCCUGCCACCUGGAAGAAUGCCAUCCGCCACAACCUGAGCCUGCACAAGUGCUUUGUGCGGGUGGAGAGCGAAAAGGGGGCCGUGUGGACCGUGGAUGAGUUUGAAUUCCGCAAGAAGAGGAGCCAGAAGCCCAGCAGGCGCUUCAACCCCCUAGCCAGCCCCUGA